AUGGAUAUAUUUGGACUUUGUUUGCCAUUAGUUGACAUAACAGCAAAGCUUGCAAGAGACGCUUAUAAAACAGCUGAAGAUGCACGUUAUACCAAAAAAAUAUGUUUGAUCUUAGCAGACAGAUUAGAGAUAGGAUCGCGUGCUUUGUCUGAUUUAUAUAGGCACAGGGAUGAAAAGGACAAAGAAGAAAAAUUUAAAAGUAGUAAUUUCUAUAACAGCCUUCAAAGUUACGUAAAUGCGGCAACUGAAAUCAAAAGAUUUAUUGAUGAGGUUUCUAAAUUGAGUGGAGCAAUGAAAUAUAUUAAAUCAAGUUCUCAUAAAGGGAAAGUUAAUCAACUUGUAAAAAGGUAUGAUGAAGCUAUUGCUGAUUUAAAACUAGGAAUAAGUCUUGAUGAAUUUAAAGAAAUUCAUGAUUUACAAAAUACAAUGGAAACUGAAUUUGAGAAAAUUGAUAUGAAAUUAAUGAUAGAUACACUUGCAUCAAUGAGUAAUAGUCAUAAACAACCAAUUGAAAUUAAAUCACUUGAAAUUAAAUCAAUUGGUCAACAUGACUUAAGAGAUCCAGAUCCAGAGCAAGUAGUAAAACGUGGAAAAGUUUUUAAAAAAUUAUUGAAAGGUUAUGAACCAGUAGCAUGUAAGCCAUUUACAGAUGAAGAAUAUAAAGAAGAAGACUUUCCUUGGAAUCAAGAACCUUCAUUACGACCAAAUAUGCCUACUUUUCUUACUCAAUUAGCUACCUUAUACAGAAAUUAUUAUUAUUCACCACACAUUCUUCCUAAACCUAGAGUUAAUAGUUAUAGUAGCAGUAGUAUUGGCAAAGAAAUUACUCUUUUACGUGAUGAUGAUGAUCUUUCAUUAGAUACAUUGACUUUAGAUGAUGCUCCAAAAGUUGGUGAUCCUUUAAAGGCUUCAGAAUUUAUGAAAUAUAUGGAAAAGGCUGCCUUCCAUGAAAAUCAAGUUGCUUUGUAUAACAUGGGCGAUAUUUAUUACGAAGGGAAAUUAAAUUUACCAAGAAAUCAAAAACAGGCAAUAAUUUAUUAUAAAAAGGCUGCUUUGAAAGGUCAUGAAAAAUCAAUUAAGAAACUUCAAAGUUUAAAUAUAAGUAUCUAUGGUGAUUAA